CGGCCAGUAAUCUUUCCCAGAGAAACACCUCCCUGAGCGCAGGAGGAGAAGCCCCUCUCAGACGUCGAUAUAUAAAGAAGGAAAGAGCGCGUCCCGGUCCCUCCAGAGCUCCAGUGUUCAUCCUGUCGGUCCAUCAGGCAGAGGAACCCAGUCACAGCUGUCAGUAUGGUGGGUCUGAAGCCGUCAGAUGUUCCUCCUCCUCUGGGUGUGAAGGUGCUCAGCGCAGGGACCGCCGCCUGCAUCGCUGAUUUAGUCACCUUCCCUCUGGACACGGCUAAAGUGCGGCUGCAGAUCCAGGGAGAGAAAGCGACGACGGGCGCAGCCAAGGGCAUCCGGUACCGGGGGGUGUUUGGGACCAUCAGCACCAUGGUGAGAACGGAGGGGCCGCGCUCGCUCUACAACGGCCUGGUCGCGGGGCUUCAGAGACAGAUGGCCUUCGCCUCCAUCCGAAUCGGCCUCUACGACAACGUCAAGAGCUUCUACACGCGCGGCAAAGACAACCCCAACGUGGGCUUCAGGAUCCUGGCGGGCUGCACCACCGGAGCGCUGGCCGUGUCCGUGGCUCAGCCCACAGACGUGGUGAAGGUGCGCUUCCAGGCCCAGAUGAACCUGCAGGGGGUGGGCAGGCGCUACAACGGCACCAUGCAGGCCUACAGACAGAUCUUCCAGCUCGAGGGCCUCCGGGGCUUGUGGAAAGGAACUCUCCCCAACAUCACAAGGAACGCUCUGGUCAACUGCACCGAGCUGGUGUCCUACGAUCUCAUCAAAGAAGCCAUUCUCAAACACAAGCUCUUGUCGGACAAUCUUCCGUGUCAUUUCGUGUCUGCGUUCGGAGCGGGUUUCAUCACGACAGUGAUCGCGUCUCCUGUGGACGUGGUGAAGACGCGCUACAUGAACUCUCCUCCCGGACAGUACCGCAGCUCCCUCAACUGUGCCUGGACCAUGAUGACCAAAGAGGGCCCCACCGCCUUCUACAAAGGGUUCGUCCCGUCUUUCCUUCGGCUGGGCUCCUGGAACGUGGUGAUGUUCGUGUCGUUCGAGCAGCUCAAGCGGGCCAUGAUGAUGUCCAGGAGCAGAAUCGAGGCCGCGGCCUAAGACCUUCACCUCAGACCCGGAUCCUUUCACACGAGCGGCUGUUUCAACCCCUCCGACGGGACGAGAACCGGAGCCGACCUCCAGCUCCAACAGGCAACAGAACGGGAGAAUCUGACCCGAACGUCACACAUCUUA